AUAAUCAUACCUGGGGGACAUUUGGAUGCCACUUAUUUUGCAGGAUGACACUACAUUUGAGAAACAAAGUGCCCUUUUUGCUUUGGCAAUUGCAGACAUUGUUCUAAUAAACAUGUGGUGCCAUGAUAUUGGUAGGGAGCAGGCUGCCAAUAAACCUCUUUUAAAAACAGUUUUCCAGGUUAUGUUGCGUUUAUUCAGUCCUCGGAAGACAACACUACUCUUUGUAAUACGUGAUAAAACAAAGACCCCUCUUGAACACCUAGAGCCUGUCUUAAGGGAAGAUAUUCAGAAGAUAUGGGAUUCAGUGCGAAAGCCUCCAGCCCGUAAAAAUACUCCUCUUAGUGAAUUUUUUAAUGUGGAGGUCACUGCUUUAUCUAGCUACGAAGAAAAGGAGGAGCAGUUCAAAGAGCAGGUUUCUCAAUUGAGGCAGCGAUUUUUCAAUUCUAUUUCCCCAGGAGGACUUGCUGGUGACAGACAGGGUGUUGUCCCUGCCUCAGGAUUUUCUUUUAGUGCUCAGCAGAUAUGGAAAGUUAUAAAAGAGAACAAGGACUUGAAUCUUCCUGCUCACAAGGUCAUGGUUGCCACUGUUCGGUGUGAGGAGAUUGCCGAUGAGAAGCUCCGUUGUUUAACCACUGAUGAGGCUUGGAUGGCUUUAGAAGAAGCUGUUCAAUCUGGGGCAGUAUCUGGUUUUGGGAGAAAGCUGAGCUCUAUCCUAGAUACCUAUUUUUCAGAAUAUGACAUGGAGGCGAUCUACUUUGAUGAGGGUGUAAGGAACGCAAAACGUCAACAAUUGGAGUCAAAAGUUUUGGAUUUUGUCUAUCCUGCUUAUACUAAGUUGUUGGGACAUCUACGCUUCAAAGCACUGGAGGAUUUCAAGUCUAGAUUAGAGGAAAUGCUAAAUGAAGGAGAAGGAUUUGCAGCUUCUGUUUGUGCGUGUUCUGGUUCUUGUAUGCUUGAGUUUGACCGAAGAUGUGCAGAUGCUGCUAUUAAGCAGGCUAAUUGGGAUGCUUCAAAAGUCCGAGAAAAACUUCGUCGUGAUGUUGAUGGUCAUGCAUCAUCUGUUCGUGGUGCAAAGUUAUCAGAAUUGGUAGCAAACUGUGAGAAACAACUCAGUCAAACACUGACAGAACCAGUGGAGGCAUUACUUGACGCUGGUGGGAAGGACACAUGGGCUUCAAUAAGAAAGCUUCUUAAACGUGAGACAGAGACAGCUGUUUCACAGUUUUCAACUGCCAUAUCUGGUUUUGAGUUAGACCAAGCCACCAUUGACAAAAUGGUGCAGAAUUUAAGGGACUAUGCAAGAAAUGUGGUGGAGAAGAAAGCAAGAGAAGAAGCUGGAAAAGUUCUGAUCCACAUGAAAGAUAGGUUCUCAACAGUCUUUAGUCAUGACAAUGAGUCAAUGCCAAGGGUUUGGACUGGAAAAGAAGACAUUAAGACAAUUACCAAGGAUGCCCGUGCUGCAGUAAUUUGCUUGUUUAUCUUGUUUAUGAAGGGAAGUAAAGUGUCACUUCUUCUCAUUUUAUUUUAUUGUGUGAUUCAAGUCUUAUUUCUAUUGCAGUCUUUAAGGCUCUUAUCUGUUAUGGCUGCCAUAUGCUUGAAUGAGAAGCCAGAUAAUAUUGAGAACACACUCUUUUCAUCCCUCUUAGAUGGAACUAUGGCUGUUUCAUCUUCCCAAGAUAGAAGUAUAGUAACAUCUGCAGACCCUCUUGCCUCUAGCACAUGGGAGGAGGUUUCUCCAAAAGAUACUCUGAUCACACCAGUGCAAUGUAAGUCACUCUGGAGACAGUUCAAAGCAGAGACUGAGUACACAGUGACUCAAGCUAUCUCAGCACAGGAGGCUCACAGGCGUAGUAACAACUGGUUACCUCCACCAUGGGCAAUUGUGGCAAUGGUUGUCCUUGGCUUUAAUGAAUUUAUGAUGCUUUUAAGGAAUCCUCUUUACCUCAUGGUUCUGUUUGUUUUAUAUUUACUGUCAAAAGCCUUAUGGGUACAGAUGGAUGUAGCAGAGCAGUUUCAACAUGGCACUCUGGCUGGAUUGAUCUCAAUAUCAUCGAGGUUUCUUCCAACUGUGAUGAAUCUUCUAAAACGACUUGCAGAAGAGGCUCAAGGCCACACAACUCCGGAAGCCCCCAGACCAUCACCGUCACUGUCAGCCCAUAGCUUGAGGAGUCAAGGUCAGCCGAAUCCAAUGUCAGCCUCAGUCCCUGAAUCAUCUGUAUCAUCCAACAUUUCCUCAUCCGAUGGUGACACGGAAUAUUCAAGCCCCAACAUAACACACAGAAGAAGCGUAAGAGUUCAGGAAGCAGAACUUUCUUUAUAAAUCUAGUUCCGGUGCUGUGUAUGAAAAUAGGUCGGCAACCCCCUCAUGCAAUGAGUCUGUUCUUUGGAAGGAAUAAUGUGGACGAGAAGGGGGUUCAAAUGAUUUGGCGUAUUACAUAUUCGAUAGGAAUAAUAGUGGAUGGAGGAUGCUUUGGCUGUGUAUCAUUAGAAUUUUUUUUUUUCUUCUGUGGCAUAAAGGUUGUGUUUUAUUAGAUUAUUAAGUUAGAAUUACCCCAAAUUUUCUGGGAAGAUAUGUGUACUAUACACAGUUCCACCUCUUCUUAAUGCAAAAUUUACUAUAAUGAAAUCUUCUCUUUACA